AUGGGAUGUUUUCUAACUUCUUAUUUCAUAGCUUCGCUAAGAGAAAUCGAAAGGAAGGAGCGGCGUACCAAUGGCUAUCAAAUAUUAUUGGAUCAAGAAGAAACAAAAGUAAAGGAAGCCAAUGAAGUGGCUCUUAAGCGACAACGUCAAAAAGAUUGGGCAAAUGCUUUAGAUGCACAAGUGUUGUUUAAUAGGCAAAGGCUUCGCUUUUACAAGAAUGAAGGUAUAAAUGAAUACUCGGCGUCUAAAGAUAAAAUUGAGGGGCAACCUUUGAAUGUUCCUAAUAAUUCCUGCUAUGAUGAGAUCAGCAAGCCAAUAGAUGAUCACGCCAGUAUAUGGCGGCUGAGUCAACGUGUCAGGGAUGCAUCUAGCGUACCCCCUUGGACAGGUAGCCUGAUUCGUCAGGUUUGA